AUGGACGCUGAAGAAGGGGAAUUUUCUUCAAGACCAAACAUUACAGUUAAAAAUGAGAAGCCUACUGUAAAUCUUGAUUACGACGAAGACAGACUACAUGAGAUGACAGCGUCUUACUCAGAAAUAUCAUUCGAUUCACAAUCAUCACCUCCGAUAUCAGAAUUACGCUCUCUAGUUGAAUCACCAGAUUUGGAUGAUGACAAAUUUUUGGGAGAUGCCCUAGAGAAAAUAGAUAGUGGGGGCAACAGGCCUGAUCGACUUGAUUUAAGAAGUGGUGGAGCUAGUCCUGAUGAAGAUGAGGAUUUGGAUCCCCCAAGUUAUCACAAAGCAAUUGGAUAUCUUCAGUUAGAAGGGACUGUUAUGCAGGAUGGAGAUAUGGUCCUAUUUGUCGCUGAAGAUUUGGAGAAUAAAAUCAAAUUAUCUAGUCCAGUUACAAAGAAAGGAGAAACUCCAUCUUUUCCUGGAUCUCGGAGUUCAACACCCUGUCUUUAUAGACAAGCAUUGACACCACAGCUUCCCCUACUUGAUCAUAAUGUUUUGAAUGAACUUGAAAUGGAAGCUAGAAAAAUAGCUACCUCCGUAGAUUCAUUGACUGAGAAUCUUGCUGCUAUUCUACACAGUGCUUCUGCCCUAACAGUGGGCUGUUUGGAAACUUAUAGAGAUGCAGUAUGUAAAACAUGUGAUGCUGUGGAUAAUAAUAUAAAGUCAAUGUAUCAACUCAUGGCAAAGAGCGAAGAACUAUCAAAGUCUAUGGGUCCAAUAUACAAGCUGGCAGAACAAAUUUGAUUUCGUUAGAAGACCAUGAAUAUUCGAAUAGGUCAAACAGUCUGCCUACUCUCUAUGCAUGGCGUACAUGUAUAACCAUACUAGUCCACUCACUUUCCAGCAAAGAGAUGAAGAGGAUGCUGGAGCUGUUUGAAAGUGCAAUGAAUCUGUAAGCACAGGAAAGGUAGUAAAACUACUCUUAUUUUUGUUUUAUCUUUUUUCGUCUCUUCAUUAUUAGCCAAAAAUUGAAAACAUCCUAUAUUUUUUGUGAUUAAACUAAAAAUUGCAUUAGUUAGAUAAGGAGUCGGAGGGGAGCGGUGUGGCGCGCUUAUUCAUGAUUGUGGUAAUACAUCAAAUUUUGUAAAAUAUUUUGCUUAACUUGCUGUCCAGAACACCUCAAUUCGGUAACUAAUAAAUAUGAUAAUUACAGCGUAAUGACCUUGCUGGAAUAUUCAUGUUCAUAAGAAAUUGCUGGGUCGCCAUUCCUCUUUUGCUAUCUAUCUCGUGAAAUUUCACACUGUUACGAAAUAGUUCCCGGACAACAAUUUUGAAGUAGAGAAACACGAAACGAAAGGGAUGUGAAUUCAAUUUGUAAGAGGCUUAUCGGCAGAAUUUUUACUUGUGAGACUAUUGAUAAUCCCAAGGUUCUCUUCAGCUAUUAUUUUAAUUCGCUUUUUUGUAAUGUCGCAUUAGAUACGCAUAUGUUUGUGGAAGUUUAUUAGUACAAUACACUUUAACAUUUGGCAUUUGAAUUGUUGAUACUCCAGAAGUAAUGAAAUUAAGGAUUGUUCACACGGGAGCUCUGGUGACGCCUAUGCAUUUCUCAUGUAGCAUCUUGGAUAUGCAUAGACGUAAUUACAGUCGUACGUGCGGUCCUCUGAAUUUUUAUUCGUGACCUUUUAGGAGAAAAAACUUGUAUAAUAAUUAACCGUGCAUAUGCAAGAAGUUUAGAGCGCUGUAAACACAUCCCUUUCGGCUCGUUACUGCUAUUUACUGCAGGACGGAAAUUGAUCUUCUUUUAUUAAAAAUCGUAUUCCCACUAUUCAUUCUGUUGGUUGUCUAUAGGCAUUUAAAUACGUGUAUAUGCUUCAAUUAUUUAAACGAGAUUUUUUCUUGUACUGAAUUUGAUAUUGUAAAUAAAAGUUUACUCGCAAAGCGAA